GGGGCGCAGCGCGGCGCGGAGAGGGGCAGCCCCCCCGCUCCGCUCCGCUCCGCGCCCGCCGUCGGUGCCGGUGAAGGCGGCGGUGGCGGUGCCGCCGGCUCCUGUCGCCCCCCCGCCCCGACCCCGGAGCGGGCGGCCUCGCGUCCCCAUGGCCGGGCAGGAGUGGGACUGGUUCCAGCGUGAGGAGCUCAUCGGGCACAUCAGCGACAUCCGAGUGCAGAACCUCCAAGUGGAACGGGAAAAUGUACAGAAGAGGACCUUUACCAGAUGGAUAAACCUACAUUUGGGAAAGUGCAAGCCUCCUCUGAAAGUGAAAGACUUGUUUAUUGAUAUACAAGAUGGCAAAAUCUUGAUGGCGUUACUGGAAGUCCUGUCAGGACAAAAGCUGAUGCACGAAUACAAAUCUUCAACCCAUCGCAUUUUUCGUUUGAACAACAUAGCCAAAGCACUUAAGUUCCUGGAGGACAGCAAUGUAAAGCUUGUUAGCAUCGAUGCAGCAGAAAUAGCAGAUGGAAAUUCCUCUCUGGUACUUGGACUAAUAUGGAAUAUAAUCUUGUUUUUUCAGAUCAAGGAGCUGACAGGUAACCUCAACAGGAACUCCUCUUCCUCCAGCCUGUCCUCCGGGCCCAGCGGUCCCGAGUCAGACACGUCCCACCCCAGCACUCCCAGCGUGGAGAGAAACAUGGCUGUUACGGUGAAGGAUCAGCGGAAAGCCAUCAGAGCCCUUUUAGUCUGGGUUCAGAGGAAAACCAGAAAGUACGGUGUUGCAGUUCAGGACUUUGCCAGCAGUUGGAGGAGCGGCCUUGCUUUCUUAGCUAUCAUAAAAGCAAUAGACUCUACUUUGGUAGACAUGAAGCAAGCACUGGAGAAAUCGGCUCGAGAAAACCUGGAGGAUGCUUUCAGCAUAGCACAAAAUAAGCUGGGUGUUCCUCGGCUCCUAGAACCAGAAGAUAUCAUGGUGGAAUCACCCGAUGAACAGUCAAUUGUGACGUACGUGGCGCAAUUUCUGGAACACUUCCCAGAGCUGGAAGGGGAAGACUUUACGGAUCCUGACAAGGAGCUUCCGAUUGAGUCCACGUACGUCCACAUCAAAGACACACCUUCAGAAAAGGAAGGCAAAAUCUUGAUUUUAAGUGAAGGUGAAGAAAACAUGUAUACUGUCAAUCACGAAAGGAGUCACCCUGCUCCUCCAAAGGUUCAUAUUCAUGACACCCCUGAGAGAAUCCCAUCAGAAACCAUACCUGAAAAAUGUAAUGGGAAACUGAGUCAAGUGUUAGGUGAUUCACAGGAGACAUCUGAAGAGGAGCCUCAGAGGCCUACCUCACUGAAAAUUACAGGAUCUGUCAGUUUUGAAUCCAGUUCCUCUUGGGAGGUUCUAAGUGAUAAAUUCAUGCCAGGUGAAGGGGGCAUAUCUGAUGAUCCACUGAAACAGAAUGAUGACCUUUCUCCAGCUGUUCUGACAGAUCAGAAAAAUUCUGUUGACUCUUUUGAAGACUACUCUGAAGAAUUAACUAAAGAAACCUCUACUGAAUAUGACAAUGAAACUAAGAGCCUUUCUGCCAAUACUUCUUCUUUGAGUCCAUUAUCCUGGACUUCAGGUAUACUUACAGAUGAAUCUAUAAAUAAAGUAGAAGAGAGCAAACCCCAGACUUCAAUUCUUUUACCAGAAGAUACCUCAAAACAAGAAAAUACACAAAAGUACGUUCUUCAUCUUCUGAAUGAGGAAAUACUGAAAAUUCCACAAAAUGAACAUACAAAGCAAUCACCUGGCUUUGAGACAACAGAAACUAACCAUUGUUCACUGAAUGGUUCUGAUCUCAAAAACCAAGAACUAUCUACACAGCAUGAAACAUCUGAUGACUCUCUCUCAGAUGUGCCUAAAAAUCCAGAGGACCUGGACAGCUGUGAUGAAGUUGAGUCUUCAGCUGAAGUGCUACCCAGUUCUUCGAAGGUAUCUGUAAUACCCCACGAUCUCUUUUAUUAUCCACAUUAUAAUGUUCCCAUAUCAGCAGUUUUGAAUGCUUACCUUGAGCCUUGUAUUGAAGAUUAUGAUACUGGAAAUGACAAAGCUUCUUCUGAAACAGUGACGGACGUUUUACAUGAGAAGGGCUUACCAGAACAGAACUACAGGGAAGAUUCUCCAAAGCCAGACUUAGGGAAUAAGCUAGGUGUCCCUCCAUCAGAAAUAGAUACUGAGAACAGCAAGGAGGAAACAACAGAUAUUAACAGUCACAUGAAUUCUUCUGAUGAAAAAGAAGUGCCAUUACUAGUAGGAGAAGAGUUAGAGAUUGAAAAAGAUGGCGAAAAGGCCACCAACCACCAAGAUUCCACUAUUCCACAACAUCCUGAGGCCAUAGUAGAACAUCUAGAGGAUUUAUCAAUAGCCAUAAAGAAUCCAGAAAACAGUAGUAAUAAGGAGGAAGAAGGGGAAAAUAGGAUCAAAGCAGAAGACUUGCAGAUCUCAGAAGUUGCCACUACUACUCUGUCACAAGAGAAACUGGAAGAAAUUGCAGAUUGUCAGGAAUUUACCAGAACCAGUGACAGUGAUUCCAACAUUUAUCUCCGAAAAAGAUCUCCUAAUACUGCUGAGGAGGAAACCUAUGGCAUAAACGAGCAGAAGAUGACAGAUAUGGGUGAAAAUCCAUUAAUCACCAGGAAGAAAAAGGACUUGGAAGCAAGUGAGACUCCAGCACCAACUCACGAGGUUACGGUUGUUGAGCAGCCAGAGCUAUUUUACUUCAUCAUGUUCUUCUGGGUGCUGGUCUACUGCCUUUUACUCCUUCCACAGCUUCUUAGCAACAAAGUUUGAUCUCUGUGAGGUGCGGAAAAAUAAAGGACGGUGGUUGGAUUGCUUUGUGUAUCUGCAUAUGAAUAUGUUCCUUCAGGUGAAGCACAAACAGAAAUGUAGGACCUGGUAUUUGUGUUUAUUAUCAGGUUGUCCUCAGUUCCUCUACUGUUGUGCUAUGACAGUGUCUAAGCACAUUUUAUAUUAUGAUAACUGUGUAAAUAUAUAUAAAAAUGACCUGAUUUAGUAGAUGCGAUUUUGUACAUUUGUGCCUUGCUUUAUAAGAUGCUAAAUAAAACCAGAUAAUUAUCAGUAGAAAUAUGAACAAUUCAGAGCUCUAGUCUUCAAAAAUGAUUCUUCUGGCUUCGUUUACUUCUGUAGGGCCUGGCAGCUGUGGAAGAGGGGUGGUGUUGACUUGCCCAUGAAUCUGGCCCACCUGCAAGGGCAAGGCUAGAAAUGCUUUUUCACAUUUCCCAUGGAAUUCUUUGAGAGAGAUGGAGGCAGAGCAGAGCUGCAGGUGGUGGAACAUGCUGACCCCAGGAACUGAUUAACAAUUCCAGUGGCAAUCCAGUGGAGCAAGAAAAUCAGGUUGAGGGUUUAUUUGGGUAGGGGAGUUUGUUUUUUUAGGAUUCAAAUCAAUUUUUGUCCUGCACCUUUUGCUAUAAAACAACAGUUGGGUGUAGAGAAGUGUGAAGAACAUACUUGCUAGCUGCUGGUUAGGAGGGAUCAUAUGGGAAAUCUUAGCCCAGAAAUGUCUAUAGAGAAUACCUGAAGAAAUACACUUUUUUUAUGUUACUGAUGGUGGCCAUAUUUGAAAAGAUUUUCAAGAUGCUUAAUAAUUUUAUCAGCAAGAGAUACCAUGGCUUUUGUUUGUUCUUUGGGUUUUUGUUGUUUGUUUUUUUCUUUUUCAAAAAAUACCUCACUGCUUCUGACGUUGCUUUUGCUUCUUUUUCUCUGCUGCUUUUACUUACCGCAUCAUGCGAAGAUUUCUCUUUUUUGAAGAUACAAAAAAUAGUAAGUAACCUAAUUUGCUGAGGUUACUGGUAAGGCACAAGUGCAUGGUAAAAGGAUUAGAAAUAUCCUUUAAGUGCCCAAAUCAAUAGAGAAAGAAAUGACAGAUGUAAAACUAAAUACAGAGAUACGUUGGCAGCCAGUGUUGACUUUCUAGUGCAACUGAAGAGACUUCUGUGGCUUGUCCAUAGACACAGUUGAGCCACUUCUGCAUCCUGUAAUUUUUGUCCACAUCAGUGAUCACUUCAGGAUAUUUGAUUUAGGAUUUUUUCAGACAAGGUGUAUCCGUGCAUUACAGGGCAAAAGGGAAGUCUUCAAAUUCAAUUUAAUAGCAGUAACUUUUCUCUGUGUGACUUUUAGUGGUCACUAUUUUUCAUCGGCACAUUUUUAGUUUCAUAGUAUGCUUUAUGAGACUAUGUCUUGUUGCUGGUUCCACCUGAAAAUUCAUAAGGUUGACUGCAAUGUGCUUCAUAAAAUGAGAGUUUUCAUAAUUUCACAUUGAGUGACAGUUACAACACGUGGCCAUAAGUUUUACAUAUUUUCUUUUAGCAUAAGGUGUAUCUCUGCCCUGGCUUAGUUUUCAGCUGAACUAAUAGUACCUGGGAUCAGGACACAUCAGAAUAUAUAGCAAUUUAUUUGCAGGUAUUUAAAACCUGUUUGUAAUCAUGUUAUCUGCUGGGGUAAUCCUAACCAUCCAUGACACUCCAUUCUUCUUUAUAAGCUUUCUGUUUCCCUGGGAUUUCUCUUAUGAGCCGCACUUAGAAUUCAGUAGCAGCAGUGCAUGGCAGGAGAUCUUGAACAUUGAAGAUAAAAUUCUGAACCUCUUUAAGUCAACAGAGAGCUGAAAUAUUUCCUAUUCUGUCCUGUCACCACUGACUAGAGCUGGAUUCACCCCACGAACCUAAAAUAAGAUCUUUUGUGCUUGGUGAGGAACAGAUCCAAACUUCCCAACUUAAUUCAGUGUAAAUCAACAUCAGUAAAAAAAAAAUACUCUUUCAUCUUGCUGAUGAAACUGUUCAACAUUUUGAGUCAUCUGAUUUUGUGAUGCAUGAACCUGUUUGUGCUUGUUGCUGAAGACAGUGAUAUUUUCUUCCGAAAGAAAACCUGUAUUAGAAUUUUUGAAGACGCUUUCUUGAAGUAGGCUAAAAUAUAACAUUGAAGGGCUAGUGCUUUUUCUCUGAAAAAAUAAAACUUAAUACAAGAAACUUUAUAUCCUUAGCCUGAAAACCAGUGAAUACCAGCCUGGGGUACGCCACCUAUUUAAUAGCAGCAAGUGGCAACAUACAUUAGUUUGGAGCAAAAGUGUUGACAACUCUUCAUUAUGUGCCACAUUUCAUAAGCUCCUUUGGUUUAUGACAACUUUUUCUGAGCCUUUGGAUCUUACUCUUUGGUUCUUCCACGUUUCUUAGUCUUCAGCAGAGAUUAUCGGGAGUUGGAUUACAGUCUCUUCAUAGAACUUUACAGCUAUCAAAGUUCAGUCAAGUGAAGUAAGGUCCCUUCUGUCUUCUCUCCUUCCUCCUAAGAAAAUUAAUCAGACUAAGGAGGUCUUUGGAUGUCUCAUCUAAACAACUGACACCCAUAAAAAACCAGAAAAGUGAAUGGGAAUGCACUGAUGCUGGCAACUUCAUUACACAGUAUUUUCUUCCAAGGGGGAGAAAACCCAGGGUUUUCUUUCUUGACUCCCACUGAUGGACAGUGACUGAAACAGUGAAGUGAGCAGUUUAAAUGUCAAACAGCAUCCAGCAAUUGUCUUGAUCAUCUCACACAAUGUUUAAACUGAUGUAUGCUUUCCAGCCUAUCCCUUAAGAGAUGGAGAUUGUUUCUUCCAUACAAAAUAGAUAAAAAAAUCCUAAAUUAGUCCAUGAUACUUGGUAUUGUUGCUUUCCAUAUUUGAGCUUGUUUUGUUGUGGUUUUUUCUAUAACAAAAGCAGUCUAAUUUACUCAGCCAUUCCAUGGGUAAGAAGAUCCAGGUAAAGAGUUAAGUGAUUAUACGAGUAUGGCCAACUGUGCAUGAAGAGAGACUGAACUCUUUAGGAGUUUUGCUGUUACUUGGAACCACAAAAAAUGGGAUCAGCAUAAGCAGCAGCUUCCCCCACUUUAAUUGCCUUGUAAGCCUCCAUCUCUUCUUCCACAACACAAGAUCCAACCCCUCAAUGCAAGUGCCCUGUUCUGAAAACAUUGUUUACUGUUGGACUUUGUGUCCCAUUCGUAGCUUAGAGUCCAAAAGCCUGAUUGUGAAGCAUUCACUGUGGCAAAACUUGUUUUCACUUGCUGGCUAGAGGACUGGCUUGAGGUAGUGGAGGUUUUCAAAGGCUGGUGGGCAAUCUAUCAGCUAUCCAUUUUCCAACAGAUAUAUGCACUGUCUGAAUAAGGAAGAUUUUGCUGAAUUUUUGCCUUGUUUUUUGAAAAAUGAUAAGGUUGAACUGAUUGUAUUUGGUAUUUUGAUUUAGCAGCAGAAUUCUGAUACACAAGGGUACCAGCACAGAUCUGUUAAGGCCAUUUCUAAAACCCGUUGUUGUUGAGCAAAUGUGUGGGUAGCAGAGUAUCGUGAAGUGUAAGUGUCAGGAAGUGCUUGAGGAUCACGGGAUAAAGGAUGUUUGGUGUUCACAGAAUCACCAUUAAAGACUGGGAGACAACUGUAAUGGGAUGGUUCAAUGUUAUGUAGUCAUGUCACUUAACUGCAAAGUGUUUCAUUGUGAUUGUAUAGAAAGUGGAAGGAAAGAUAGGCUGUUACAGACAAAACCCCACUAAACAUUUAUGGGGCAGAUGUCUUAGAGUUGAAGAAAUGAGUUAAACAGUCACAUCAUCUACAAACUGAAUUGAAUAUAGCCUUUGCCCAAUUGUAGGAAAUGAUAAGUGCAGAGAUAGGACGAGCACAGAUUACAAUAAAAAAAUGACAAUCACUUUUCAAUGUCAUGAAUAUUUUUGAUGGAUUGAGCUCUAAAAUGUAUUUUUAUUGAGUUUCUAGAUUGUAAUGAAUGUGUCUACAGAAUUUUAUGCAAAGCUUGAGAGUUCAGCUGUUUUAAAAUUUUUUAUAUAGCAGUGAUUAUUUUAUCUAUAUAUUUAAUAGAAUUGUAAAACCAAUUUAAGAGUACCUGUAAAAUUCUAUGUAUGUGAUAUGAUUAUUUAUUAAUUAUGACUCAUGAGAAUGAACAUUAAGCUAUGCAUCGGUUGUGUCAUCCAUUUGAAAACUGGAAACUGCGAACAGGAGAAGAGUUUUUAAUGAACAGUAGACUUGAAAAACAUGGGAAAUGAUUGAAUACAGUUGUGUGAUUCUUAAAGCUGCAUAGCAAUAUGUCAUUUUGUGAUGUUAAACUUUCAGCUAAAGUUGCAAACUAUACUGAGUGAUUAAGCUACUUUCUUCCAUUAAAACUUCCUGAGGCUGAAA